AUGAAGUCAUUUAAGUUAAUUGUACAUCAGCCCAGCUUUAGCACCGAGGAGUUGAUUAUUAAUUUAAAAGAUUAUCCUGGUUUGAAAGAAAGAGAUGUGGUGGAAAUAUAUCAUCCCGAAAAUGACUAUCCACGAUUACUGUUACAAGUUACGAAGGUUGAUGUCCCUGGAAGAGGAAGAGAUACCAUAAGUGUGGAGCAGAGCAUUGCUACUACGUUCCAGUUGAGGACGUUUGCAGAUGUUUAUGUAAAUAUAGUUAGUGCAGCUGAUGUUGCACUUGAUUCGGUUGAGCUCACAUUCAAAGAUCAAUAUAUGGGACGAUCUGAAAUGUGGCGACUCAAAAAUCAUUUAGUAAGCACAUGCGUUUAUAUUAAUAAAAAGAUUGAAUACUGCGGUGGGAUGAUACGAUGCCAAGUAUAUGAAAUGUGGUCACAAGGUGACAGGGUUGCGUGUGGUGUCAUUACUGAAGACACCAAGAUUGUUUUCAGAUCUUCUACAUCCAUGGUAUAUCUGUUCAUACAAAUGUCUUCAGAAAUGUGGGACUUUGAUAUACAUGGAGACUUAUACUUUGAGAAAGCGGUCAAUGGAUUCCUUGCUGAUCUGUUUGCCAAGUGGAAGAAAAACGGAAGCAACCAUGAAGUAACAAUAGUGCUAUUUUCUAGAACAUUUUAUAAAGCAAAGUCCUUAGAAGAGUUUCCACAGCACAUGAAAGAAUGUUUACAACAAGAUUAUAGGGGGAGAUUUUAUGAAGAUUUCUAUAGAGUGGCUGUACAGAAUGAAAGAUAUGAAGAUUGGUCUAAUGUGCUGUUACAACUGCGAAGAUUAUUUACAGAUUAUCAAAAAAUUGUUUUGCAAUACCAUGAAAGGCCAAACCUUGAUAUACCCACAGCUAUCAACUCUACGGCAGCACAAGGGAACUUUCUAGAAGUUCUUAAUAUGAGUUUAAAUGUAUUCGAAAAGCACUACCUAGACAGAUGCUUUGAUAGAACUGGUCAAUUAAGUGUUGUUAUAACGCCCGGCGUGGGAGUCUUUGAGGUGGACAGAGAAUUAACAAACGUGACUAAACAGAGAAUUAUAGAUAAUGGUGUCGGCAGUGACCUGGUCUGUGUUGGAGAACAGCCCUUACAUGCUGUACCGCUUCUGAAGUUUCAUAAUAAGGACAGCAAUUUGAACUCCAUUGACGAUUAUUCAAUGCCCCAUUGGAUUAACUUAUCCUUCUAUUCGACUAAUAAAAAAGUGGCAUAUUCGAACUUCAUACCCAGGAUAAAGUUGCCACCGCGAAAAAGUCAAGAACCUUUGAAGAAAAUGUAUGAAGAUGAGAGCAAGGGCAAACUUUUAAAGGAGGAUGAAUAUAUGCAUAACUCUAUUUUUGAUUACGACGCUUAUGAUGCGCAGGUGUUUCAGUUACCUCCAGCUCAUAGUACAUGUGUCCAGAGAGUGGCAAGAACAAAGAAAACCUCAGUUGCCGGUCUGGAAGGAAUAAGUAGGAAGAGUCCACCAGCUUCUAUAAUACAUCAACGAAAAAUGUCCGACCCCGAUAUUCACCACAGCUUGGGUGAUAUAUUAAGUAGUAGUGGCAAAUACACAAACGAAGCGAGUAGUGACGCUACGGAUUCUGCGAUUUCAAUCAAUCGACUCUCACCUCGCAGUUCGGUCACUGGUCACAAGCCAGUGAUCAGGACAGGACGGGCGCUUAUCAAUCCAUUCGAUCCUUCUCACGUUACUGUAAAGCUGACUAGCAAUAGGCGACGUUGGACUCACAUAUUUCCUAAAGGUCCCACUGGAGUGCUGAUACAGCAACAUCACUAUCAGGCGAGACCGGCCGGCGAGUCCACUUCAGCGCGCGACCCUCGCUGCGACCACGACACACCAAAAGACAACGGCAAUACCAUGAACAACAACCACCCAGUUUACCAAGUUGACGGCAAUAUAAUUGGUCGCAAGCGCAUGAUAAGCGCGUCUGGUGCUCUCAGUGUUCUGGGCACAGUAGUGGGUACACCCACAACAAAUAACGCUUCGUUGGCGCUGCUGUGGGGAGCAACUGGUGAACAGGAAUGGACUCCAGCAUUAACUACAGCGAAUCGAGCAAUAGGAGUGGAUUGGAAAUCUCUCACGAUACCGGCCUGCCUACCGAUAACCACAGAUUAUUUUCCUGACAAGCGCUCCUUGCAAAACGACUAUUUAGUGUCCGACUAUAAUCUGUUGCCGGACGAUGUCAAUGCUGAUUUUGCACAAAAUAGGGCAAUAUAUAAAGAACCUCUAACAACCAUGGAGGUAUUUAAAGAACUGGUCUCUCAGAGAUUAGCACAGGGCUUCCAGUUAAUAGUUGGUGUAAAUGAGAAUGAAGUUAUAGAGUCCCACUGUCCAUCGGCGCGCACCCCGCCUCCUUCGAAAGUGGCGCCACAGUGCGGCAAACCUGUGAACUCAGCACCAACUAAGCGCUACCUACUGUCAAUUGGAAGAAUUUUUCACAAACUUACGCUCGUCGGUUCUACUAUCACCGUAACGAGAUAUAGACCGAGACAUCCAUACCCACCGUUCAACAUUCACUACCGCUAUCGUUUUCACGCACCAAAUCAUGACACAUACGAAGUUUCUUGGGUAUCCUUUACUACUGAGAAGCUUGAAAAUUAUAAUUGGAACUAUAUGGAUCACUAUAUUUGUACCAGAGGUGACACGGACUUCGCUCUCGUUGAGCCUCUCAAAUACUGGAGAUUCCGUACACUGCUCUUACCACUUAGUAACCCAGCAACUAAACAAAUUUUGGAGGAUGAAUCGACCCAUUGUGACAUCUACCCUGCACCCACGAGACACGAUCUCGACCACCUCACCGAGGGAUUCCUUAAAAUGACUGAAAUGUAUUUUAAUAAGGUCAAACGACCUAAUAAACGGAUGGCGGCGACGAGCAGCGCCACCGAGAACGCGCUUACUCGAAGGCGACACUCCACGUCCAUCCUCACGCGGAACGCCCAGGGCGGUGUUUCGAGCUCUCCGUUCAGAGAGCGACUUGGCAGUACAAGACUCCCCGACCGGCCGCGCCUGCGCAUCGAGGCUAUAGUUGCAGCAAAAACCGUUUUGGAAAGAACACAAUCUCAAACGGGAGAAUGCGAUGACUCUUAUGAUGACGGGGUAAUAGAACCAAAGUUAAAGAUCAACGCGUUGUUAUCAGAUGUAAUAGACAGAAUGCGCAACCCGACUCUGGGGAUGGGUUUCCUACAACAAACAGUCAGUUUACCAUCACAUACGUUCGUCUCCAUUUAUGCUAUUCACUGGCUUCAGACAAACAUGGAGAAUAUGUCUUAUGAAAAGGCAACUAAUAUUAUGGAGAAAUUAUUACAAGACAAAAUGAUUUGCCACGCAUCAGGGGAUACAUUCAAACGUUUUGUUGUCGGCUACUAUAUGUACCAUAUUCUACCACAAAAGAAAGAUAAGGAAAUGUCAGACUACGUAAAACCAUUAGGUGAUUUGCAGAGCUUCGAAAACGAAUGGAUGGAGGUCGAAGUGUUAGGGCCCAGAUCUCCCAUACUAAGUUCGGAAACCAACACUGGCGCAAUAGAUAUAUCUGGAUCCAGUCCUGUCAUUGAUGACUCGGGCAUACCAGCUUUCCUCUGUGACCACAUAGAUCCCAACUACAUGCAGCUAGGAAAUGAUGAUAUGCCAUUAUACAAGAACACCCACUUGGACAUAGACGUGAAUAACAAGAGCGACCGUAUCGAGUGGGGCCACGCUCGCUACCAGGCUACCUUCAGGCCAGACCAAGCGUACGAGAUGUGCAUCCAGUGGGCUGUCGCUAGUGGAAACAUCGUAGCUGAUCUGAUAUUCGGGUGGGCGCGGAAGGCGCAGAGCUGCCGGUUGCAAAUGGUACCUAUUCCUGCCGAUCCCCUAGCGCUACCAUUCACUGAAAAAUCUGAUCCGCUAAGGGGGCCUAUUUAUGUCCCGUUGAACGAAGAGCCUCUGUUGAGAGGGAAAAGUGCUUUAUUUGAAGGUUUCCCAGAAGAAGAAUGGCCGGAGCGCUUAUUCCUAUUUCAAGAAGCGAUCGUGGGCCGGUUCGGCUUUAUCAAGUGCACCGUGGAGAGUACAUCACAUGCAGCUGGUGUUGGUGAUCAUCUUUAUGUUCAUGUUACAGGCAACAUGUUCAUACUCAUCCCUACAGCGGUCAAAUCUCAGCAGCGAGCUUUAAGGAAACCGAUUAAUAAGCCUCUUAAUGCCAGCAGGUAUCCUGUACAUUCCGAAGCUGCACCAAGUCCCCAUGAGGGUUACAUUACACGACAUGUGAGCGGAAAAAAUAAGGACGACUACGACAAUAGCCGGCGGAUGGGAUUUCUAUGGUCUUGGAAUCACAUGAUAUCUAAAAAAUGGAAGUGGUCACAGACACCUGCAACUGGCGAUGAACCUUUCCAAAUGAGGAUGCUGCGAGACUUUAAACACUUCUGUGCAAAUCAAGAACAGAGACUGAGCCAAUUUUGGGAUCAAUGUUGGGAGCUACAAGAGAAAGCCAAAGGGAUUAAAUGUUGCUAA